AUGGCCUCGAGAUCUUCGAAAUGGACAUCUGCAGAUGACGACCAAGAAUCAGCAGCGGCCCUCGCGCAGCGGAAGAAACAGAAGGAGGAGAGAAGAAGACUCAAGGAAGAGAGAGCCAGGAAUGCAACAAAGCAGCUAGCCCCUUCCGCUGACGCCGCCGGCAGCGAUGGACGGCCUAGCAAGCGCCAACGAACAUCGCCCGAACAAGGAGAAACACUCCCGGCGAACGACCAAAGCAGCGUAGAAGAAGGCGCCAACAUCCUCCAGUUUCCCCAUCGACAGUUCGGUCCCUGCGCCCACGUCGACCAGUUCGAACUCCUCAACAACAUCGAGGAAGGUUCGUACGGCGUGGUCUCGCGAGCCCGGCGAAAGACGACCGGCACCCUUGUGGCCCUGAAGAAGUUGAAGAUGGAGCACACGAGCGACGGCUUCCCCGUGACGGGGCUCCGCGAGAUCCAAACGCUCCGGGCGUGUCGACACGCCAACAUUGUCGAGCUGCAGGAAGUCGUCAUGGGCGACGGCGACGGGUCGCUAAAAGAUGUCAAUGUCUACCUCGUUAUGGAGUUCCUCGAACACGACCUCGCGACCCUGCUGGGCGACAUGGCGGAGCCGUUCCUGCCGUCCGAGAUCAAGACGCUGACCCUCCAGAUCGUGGCGGGCGUGGAAUACCUGCACCGGAACUGGAUCCUGCAUCGCGACCUGAAGACCUCGAACCUGCUGCUGAACAACCGCGGCGAGGUCAAGCUUGCGGAUUUCGGUAUGGCAAGAUACACAUCGCGCCCGCCGCCGCCGAAGCUGACCCAGCUGGUCGUCACGUUGUGGUACCGUGCCCCCGAACUGCUGCUCGGCGCCGAGGACUACCAUUUCGAGAUCGACAUCUGGAGCGUUGGCUGUAUCUUUGCCGAGCUGGUCACCAAGGAACCCUUAUUUCGGGGCAAUAACGAGGUCGGCCAGCUGUCCUCGAUUUUUGGCAUGUUGGGCCCGCCCACCAAGCACACCUGGCCGGGAUACCAGUCCCUGCCGAACGCGAAGGCGCUGCAUCCGCUGCUGUCCAACGCCAACGCGAAAGCCAAUGCCACAACAACGACCCUCACCGCAUCGAAGUUCCCGUAUCUCUCCACGUCCGGGCUCCGGCUACUCUCGGCCAUGCUCAGCCUCAGCCCGACGUCACGGCCUUCUGCAGCAGAAGUCCUCAACCACGCUUACUUCAAAGAAGACCCACGGCCGAAAGCAAAGGAGAUGUUCCCCACGUUUCCGAGCACGGCGAACCAGGAGAAGCGCCGACGGAGAGAAACGCCACAGGCGCCAAUCAGAGGGGACGCGCCCAAACUGGAUGAACAGGAUCUGAAGGGACUCUUCGUGGGACAGGCUGAGGAGGAGCAGGGGGCUGGCUUUGCGCUGAGGUUGGGAUAG